UCCCUGUACUGCAGACAGUUGAGUUGAAGAGCAUCUGUGGUUAUCAACAAAUUUGAGAGUUUCUUCUGUGUGAACAGUGCGUGUAAUGGCCCAGCCAAAGGAUCCACACUUUGGGCAUUCAUCAGGCACCAACUCUGCCCUUCAGAAGCUGGACACUUUAGCUAGUCGAUUUUUUUACAAAUGUCGAAAAGGAAACCAUGACAAAGGACUGGAGAAUGAAGGGCCACAUGUAUCAGAGCACACUGUCCUUUGGGAUACAGCAAUGAAGGAAACCUUGGCAAAAGCUAAAGAGGAUUUCUUGAACAAAUGGGAGUGCCAGCAAAAGAGCACAGCAUGUCUAGAUGACUUUGACAAACAGAAAACUCUCGGCACUGGAUCUUUUGGAAGAGUAAUGCUUGUCAAGCACAAACAGUCAGAACAGUAUUUUGCAAUGAAGAUUCUGGACAAACAAAAAGUGGUGAAGCUGAAACAGAUUGAACACACAUUAAACGAGAAAAAGAUAUUACAAGCGGUCUCCUUUCCUUUCCUUGUGAAACUUGAGUGCGCCUUUAAGGAUAAUUCAAAUUUAUACAUGGUCAUGAGAUAUAUCCAAGGUGGUGAGAUGUUCUCACAUCUGAGAAGGAUUGGAAGAUUCAGUGAACAGAAUGCACGGUUCUAUGCGGCUCAGAUUGUUCUGACGUUUGAGUAUCUUCACAUGCUGGACCUCAUUUACAGGGACCUGAAACCUGAAAACCUGCUCAUUGAUCAUCAGGGAUACAUUCAGGUAACAGACUUUGGUUUUGCCAAAAGAGUCAAAGGCAGAACUUGGACAUUGUGUGGAACACCAGAAUACCUGGCACCAGAAAUUAUCCUCAGCAAGGGCUACAACAAGGCUGUUGACUGGUGGGCACUGGGUGUUCUGAUCUAUGAAAUGGCUGCUGGAUAUCCGCCUUUCUUCGCUGAUCAGCCUAUUCAGAUUUAUGAGAAAAUCGUAUCUGGCAAGGUACGAUACCCCUCACACUUCAGCUCAGACUUGAAGGAUCUUUUGCGCAAUCUACUGCAGGUAGACCUCACAAAGCGCUUUGGAAAUUUGAAAAACGGAGUCAGUGACAUUAAAAACCACAGAUGGUUCGCUUCCACAGAAUGGAUUGCAAUCUAUGAGAAGAAGGUAGAUGCACCCAUCAUACCAAAGUGCAGAGGGCCUGGCGACACGAGUAACUUUGACGAAUAUGACGAAGAAGUCAUACGGGUAUCUGUGACAGAGAAAUGUACAAAAGAAUUCUUGGACUUCUAGAGUCACUGUAUAAGCUUAAAAGGGAGUUCCUACAGUUUCUUUGUUUUGUUUUGCAAAAAAAUAAAUAAAUAAAUAAAUGAAUAAAAACCACAUUCGUAGGUGAAUCCAAGAACAUCGCUUUGUACAUGGCUUCAUUCAAGAAGACUUAAGCAGUGAUCUGACUAGAAAUACAUUGAUUUAGUCUACUGCAUUAAUAAAGAUCCCAUUCAUGUUUUUGUUUUUUGUUUGUCUGUUUGUUUGGAAGCAAUUCUGGUGAAAUUUUGAAAUUUUAAUAUUAUUUUCCUUAUGUCCUUUUUUAGUUUUAUACCAAUUAAUUUAUAAAACGAAUAUGCUAUUUUUAAUGGUUCUGAAGUGUUUUAUUUUAUGUAAUAGCUUUUGCAGUUACAAUACAAAAUUACAUGUUCAGUAUGGUAGGUGAAGCUCAAUUAUCCAUUACAUAUGACAUAUGUGUGUGUUCAGGUAAAAAUAUAAAUGUAAAAUGUAAAAAUAUAAAAUAUUUUCAAUGCUUUUUUCACUCCUGAGGAAACACAGAUCUUGUAAAACAAUGGUAAAAAUAAAUCAAUUACAAAUCACCCUGAUAUUUAAUUUGAUGUCUUGAUUUGCCCUGAAAUUGUGAUGAAGAGAUGAGCAUCGGCAAAUGGGUAUUUGUCUUCUUAUGGCCCAUAUGAAUAGAUUUAUUAUUAGAUAUGUAUUAUAGCUGCUACAGAGAUUAUACUGUACAAUUUUGAGAAAGAUUAUUUUGAACAUGAAUAAAAUAAAAUAAUUG